AUGCAGUCUCUUAAAGGUCCAGGAGCUCCUCAGUCAUAUGACGGAGCCGGCUUGCGGAUCGCGAUUGUCCACGCCAGAUGGAACAUGGGGAUAAUUGGACCCCUCGUGGAGGGCGCCAAGAAGACCCUUCGAGCAUCUGGCGUGGCGGAGGAUCAUAUCGAGACUUUCACUGUUCCAGGAAGCUACGAGCUACCAUACACUGUCCAGCGCAUCUACUCGGCCUCGCAAAUACAAGCGGCCAACGCGGGGUCAUCCGGCGAAGGCAUCAGCGCAACGGACCUACUCUCUUCUUCUACAACUGACCUGAGCAAAACGGGGUCGUCGACCUCGGCGGCAUCGUCCAAGCCAUAUGACGCUAUAAUCGCCAUUGGUGUUCUCAUCAAGGGUGAGACAAUGCAUUUCGAGUACAUCUCGGAAGCCGUUACCCACGGGUUGAUGCGUGUCCAGCUCGAUACUGGGGUACCAGUAAUCUUCGGAGUUCUUACGCUUUUGACUGAAGAGCAGGGACUUGAGAGAGCGGGACUGGGUAGUGGAAAUAUGCACAACCACGGCGAAGACUGGGGUAAUGCGGCGGUUGAGCUGGGUGUUCGGAGGAAGGGCUGGGCUGAGGGUGUGCUCAACUGA